CUGAGUAAUCUUCUGAGACGAGUGAGUGGGGAAGGGAAGAGGUCUGGUUGACUCCCCUGCCGUGAAGGGAUUCCCCGUCACUGGAAAGGAGAGGGGCUCCACCAGGGAAACAUACUGAGAGCCAGCGCUCGCUGAUGAGCUAAGCAGGAGAAAGCUGCAGAUUCAUCCCUACUCAUCCAUUGGCCCUGCUAAUUAGGCAGAAACACUGGGGGACAACUGGUUUUCUAAUAGGAAGACAACUAUCCAACAUGGUCCUCACUAGAAAGUUGUGUAAGGAGUUGGGUAUCUUGCCAGAUACGCCACUUAGCCCCCCGGGACCUGGAAAGAGACAAAGUAAAAUUAUAAAUUACUUCUCCAAGAGGGAGGAAUGCAUGAGUGAACAAAUUGAACCAAUUAUUGACGAAGUCACUCCUCUCCCCCUUACUUACCUUGACCGGUCACAUUACUUCAAAGAGCUUCAACACAACUCUGGAAACACAAAUUCCCCAAGAAGCCUGGCGCAAGAGCUAGUUCUAGCUGAGAAACCUGUGGAAAAUAUUUCUGUCACCUAUAACCAGCGGCCCCUGGCAGAAUUAACAACAUGCCACCAAGACCAGGCGCCCACUUCCAAAUAUACUCAAACUGAACUGAGUGAUGGCCAUCUUCAGGCCCAUUUCCAAGAUAUAAAUAUAGACCUUUCCAACAUAAAAAAUUACUUGACAAUAACAAAUGGGUUAUUGCUGACCCUUGUGGAAAAUUUUAUUCCCCAACCAAAAGAGACAACAGCAACCGAUGCACCCCAAGUGCAUAAACCAGAUGAACUUGUGCAUAACCCAGAUGAACUAGUGAAGAUGAGACAAGCAGUAACAACCAAGAAAUUGCAAAAAAAUAGAUCAAAAGUCCGGGAAAAGAAAACUAAGAACAUUAAAACAACAAGGAAAAUAAAGAUAAGCCGACAUAAACAAUGGCAGAAAUUAUUUAAUCUACUCCCAUUGGACUCAAAUAAAUCUGCUGCACGAGAUAAAAUAGAGAAUGGCAGGAAGGGGAAAAGAAGCCAUCGCCAAAGCUAA